UACGUAUCGGACAGUCCACACAAUGAAGGCCUUAAUCAGGAGAGAAUUCAUGUCAAGGACACAAUGGAGGCCUUAAUCAGGAGAGAAUUCCAGACCUCCAAUGAAGGCCUUAAUCAGGAGAGAAUUCCAGACCAUACCAACGAACUCAAAGCUCGAACAAAGGAGAAACAGUGGACAGUGGAAACAAAGGGGAAACAGUGGACAGUGGCACUCUCCGAUAUACCCGACUGGCCAAGAAUCGAAGCCGUUGCUGAGUUUACGUACCGGACACGAUUGCUUGGCAAAACACCUUCACAGAGGGGAGUAUACACUCAACCCACAUGCCCUCUAUGUAACCUAAACUAA